AUGACGGGACACGCCGUUGCGCCCGUGCGUCAACGCAUGGCCAACCAGCUCUUAUGCCGCCCCCCCGCACUCUUUCGCAUGCCACGCAUCAACAUGCUGCGUACAUACACGUCCGCGACGAUGGCAGCUGCACCUGCAAGUGCCGCCGCUGCGGAAAAGCCAUUGAAGACGGCGAGCCCGAUCGUCGCGUUUCACCUGCUUGCGUGCGCCGCGCUCGUUUUCCUCAUCAUUCUUGUCGGUGGAAUUACGCGUUUGACAGAAUCUGGUCUCUCUAUUACCGAGUGGAAUCCCGGCCUGAAAGGAAUGCGGCUCCCACACACGGAGGAGGAAUGGACCGCGGAAUGGGACAAGUACAAAGAAUCCCCUGAGUUCAAAUUGCUCAAUUUCAACAUGACACUCCAAGAUUUCAAGAAAAUAUUUCUAUGGGAAUGGUCGCACCGGGUUCUUGGCCGGUUUAUCGGCGUGUUCUUCAUCGUGCCUGCGGCCUACUUUUGCGUGCGCCGCGGAAUGACCACGCCCGAGAUCCGGCGGAAGCUAUUGUAUAUUGGACUGGGUAUCGGUUUCCAAGGCCUUCUUGGCUGGAUCAUGGUGGCGAGCGGGCUCAAGAACCCGUAUGAUGAUGAGUCUGCAAUGGCAGAGCCGCGUCCUGAAUGGACGCCGCGCGUGAGUCACUUCCGCCUUGCGGCGCACCUCGGUGCAGCUUUUGCCCUAUACAUGGGCAUGGUUUAUACCGCUGUCACGAUCCUCCGUGAUACAGGCAUCUCGCGCGGCCUUGCCCCGGGUGCCAAGCCCGAGACGUACGCCAAAGCAACGUCGCUACUUUCCACGCUGAACAGUCCUGCAUUGCGCAAGUACCGACGCGUAGCGCUGGCAAUGACUGGGCUUGUGUGUGUGACAGUGAUGUACGGCGCGUUUGUCGCUGGUCUCGAUGCGGGCCUCGUCUACAGCGAAUUCCCGAAAAUGGGGACGGGCCUGCUGCCCCCUAAAGAGGAGCUGAUGGAUGUGCGCUACGUUGUGCGCAAAGGCGGUGCGCAGGAUGAGCAAGAAUUUGAGUCUGCGCGUUUAUUCCUUGGGAACGUUACACAGAACCCAGUCACUGUGCAAGCCAUUCACCGGUACUUGGGCCUGACGACACUCACGUCUGCAUUCAUCUUCCUUUUCUACUCCAAAAAACGCAAGCACAUGUUGCCGUAUUUGACGCCGCGGUUUGCGGCAGGCGCUGCACACAUGUCUGGAUUGCAGGCCUUGCUGGGUAUUUUCACGCUCAUCUACAUGGUCCCACUCCCACUGGCAUCGAUGCAUCAGGGCGGCGCAGUAGUCUUGCUCACGUUCAUGACAUGUGUCCUUGCAUCCAUCCGUCGCCCCGGACAAGCAAUCCAGGCGUUUGCAAAAGCGCGCGGCCUGCUCAAGCCACAUGCACCCACAGCCACACACACAUAG